AUGGACUGUGAAGUUUACCUGAGCUUGCUGAUAGUUGACUCAAGGAACAACAGAAGAGGUGCCAACAUCAAAACAACCUACUCCAUCUUUCUCAGCACAACUACAACCUACAGAUGUGAAAACUACAACAAUAGGACCAAUGAUUCCAACAUACAUGACUCCAACCACAAAAGAAGAGGCCUCUACAUUGACAAAACCUACCACAUCAGUCCAAACACAACCACAAACUACAGAUAUGCAAAAUACAACAACAGGACCAAGGGUUCCAACACAGUUGACUCAACCCACAACAGAAGAGGCAUCAACAUCAAACCAAACAACCCCAUCUGUCCCAACACAGUUGACUCAACCCACAACAGAAGAGGCAUCAACAUCAAACCAAACAACCCCAUCUGUCCCAACACUACAAACUACGACUGUGCAAACUACAACACUAGGACCAAUCGUACCAACACAAUUGACUCGAUCCACAACACAAGAGGGCCCAAAAUCAACCCAAACUACUCCAUCUGUCCCAACAGUACUACAAACUACUUCUGUGCAAACUACAAUGAUAGCACGAGUGGUUCAAACACAAUUAACUACAACCACAACACAAGAGGCCCCAACAUCAAAGACACCUACUCCAUCUUUCUCAGCAAAACUACAAACUACAGAUUUGUGGUCCAGACAUCAUUUGAUGUUUCUGACGCUUCCAGCGUGGAGCAACCAGAUCAGGACAACACAAGCAAGUGUGAAGCUAUCUACAGACCAAGAUUUCCCGAUCGUUUUGUCGGAUGCACUGUUCUAGGUUUCAGUGCUACAACCACAAGACAAGAAGGGGUUACAGCAAAUUUGGGAAUUGUUUUUAAUGGGACUGCUUCAGCUGGAAACCUCCCAACAAAUAAUGCUGUUUCUAAUGCUCUUGUUGAGGCUGCAAGUAACCCAAACAAUACCUUCAAUGUGAGCUUUAUUCCCUCUUCAGUUACAAUCAUAAGUAGUCCAGUUACAAAUACAACUACAACUGUUGCACCUACAACUGCAGCACCCACAACAGUUGCACCCACAACUACAGCAGUUGUAAAUCGAAAUGUGACUUUCAGAUCUGUGCAAAGCACUUUUACAAAUGAUUUACUGAAUUCAUCAUCUACAGCUUUUCAAAAUAGAACUGCCCUCAUAAAGGGACAGAUUGAUCCUCUUCUUCAAAGCGCAUUUCCGUCCUCAUUCCAAUCUUCAACAGUUGUUGCCUUCAGAAAUGGAUCUGUCAUCAAUGAAAUGAGCAUUGCAUUUACUAGCGCCAAUGCUCCCAAUGCCAGUGAGGUUGGACAAGUUUUCAUCAAUGCAUCUUCAACUGUAACUGGCUUUGACAUUGAGCAAAGCUCUGUCACCGUUGAUGGCACAACUAUAACUUCAAGUGGAGUCAGAACCAAGAUCAGUCUCAUCACAGCCUUCUGUCUGGUGCUGAUGUCAGGGCUACUGUCAAGCCAGUAAUGGCAUUAGUGCUGUUAACCAUCUGAAUUUCUUUGAGAAUAUGAUUUCCAUCACUGGUGUGAAAACU